AUGUUCCUCGCACAGACUCUUGACCAGAGUGCCUCCUCGGGAGAUACAUGCAACAUGAUGGUGCCUAGAGCAUUUCUAUUCUCUUCGGCACGAGCCCCAAAUGAUUCACUGCAGAAUGAAAAGAAGUCCGUCACGGCUAAGACCGUGACAAAUUCUCGGCAUACACAGAGCCGACCUCUCCCUCCACCCGUCGCAACCGUCUCCGUCUCCCAUACAGACUCAACAACUGUCCCCCAUACGAGUCCUGUCGUUAUUCCACCAAAAACUAGUAAAGAACGAAACAAUACCGGCAUUUAUGGAGAUAACAGAAAUGUGAGGUCGAUACGCAGGGAUUCUGCGUCGUCACGUCGAUCAGCAUCCUCUCAAACUCAAGAUCGCAAUUUACCACCAUCUCUGAGCAUGCUUCUCGAAACCACAGCUAUCCCUCGCCGGAGUAAGAGUAUAAGAGGUGCACGCAAGUUGCCUCGUGGAAACCAUGUUGAAGACUUCAGUCGAUUACUUAUGGAUGGAGUAAAAACUCGGGACGACUUUGCCAGCCUUGAAGGAGCUUCAAGCUCACCAUUAGACAUUUUGCUCAGUCCUCCAGAUGAAAACUACGGUGGUAUUCCGGUCUCCGUGAGCAACAGCAGUACCGAUGUCGAGUCGCCUCAUUUUGAGCGCUCUAUUUCGACGGACUCGGUGCCCUCUUUGGAUCAAGACCUGAAUUCAUUUAUUACUUCCGGCCCUACUACUCCGUCAUUGUCCCCUUCACUUCAAAGACGGACAUUCGAGAGACGGAAGCAACUAUCUCCUCCGCAGGAAUGCGCGACUGAUCAUCCUCUUUUGGAAAUUGAUAUCGACACGUUUGACCCAUCUAAUCUGGCACAAGAAAGUGACUCCGCUGUUGGUUCACCUGAAAAUCGUUCGCGAAGUUUCCCGCGGUUAGGGUUCACCUUCAAAUCCAAUCUUACAGCUUCCCUUAGGGCUAUCAAGUCUGCAGCCCAGACUGUGUCGAAUUUUGCAACCCCUUCAGUUCGACCGGAUGAUUUUCUUACACGCUCUCUUUUCUCCAUCACUCCUGAGCUGACAGACGAUCGGCGUCCGCUUCCAUUGAGUGGACCGCCCUCACCAGCUCUUCGCCGCUACCUCAAUCCAAUCACUCUAUCUCCCGCUGAGAUGCACGUCUACAAUGACCAUCCUCAUGAUACGUUGCAAGGAAUUGCCAAAUGCCCUGUCUCGAUUCAGAUGCAAACAUAUAACCAUUCCGACAGCAAGAGCACGAACCAUCAGCAAGCGUGCGCGGAGCUCCCAUCUUCUCGGCAGCGAGAACCACGAGAAAACAGUGAUUUUCUCCGCAUGGUUGUAUUGGAAAUGAAUAUGCGCCGCAGCGGAAAACUACGCGAUGAUGCACCUACUCGCGCUAGGAUAUGGCUUCCUCCACGGAAAGCCGUACGACUGAUUGCGGGUGAUUAUGAGGAAGGGCCGGCCGUCCCUCAACGAUGGAUUGGGAUCUCGAUCGAACGAAUUGAGCCCUAGUACUUUACUUUUUUUUUUCUCCGUUUUACAUCUUUUUCCACCGUUCCAUUCUGUUUAUGUACAUAGCAUUGCAUCAUUGGCAUUGAUAUCUGGGUAUGGAGCAGGUGUAUACAUAUUUUCCAGGCCA